CUGGGCUUUAGCCUCCCUUCGGUUCCUUGGAAGAGGGAGGGCGGCCAGCGCGGGAGCAGUAGCAGCAGAGGCGGAGGCUCCAGCGCGUCUCUCUCCACCUCAGCCUGAGCCACGGGAGGCCUGGCGGUCCGCGUGGCUGGAGGGGCUUCGCUGCCCGAGAAUGGGAAUUCUCUUCACCAGGAUAUGGAGACUGUUCAAUCACCAGGAACACAAAGUUAUCAUUGUUGGGUUGGAUAAUGCAGGGAAAACUACCAUCCUUUACCAAUUUUCUAUGAAUGAAGUUGUACAUACAUCCCCUACAAUAGGAAGUAAUGUAGAAGAGAUAGUAAUUAAUAACACGUGCUUCCUGAUGUGGGAUAUUGGUGGCCAAGAAUCUCUUCGCUCUUCCUGGAAUACUUACUAUACUAAUACAGAGUUUGUAAUAGUUGUUGUGGACAGUACAGACAGAGAGAGGAUUUCUGUAACUAGAGAAGAACUCUACAAAAUGUUAGCUCAUGAGGACCUAAGGAAAGCUGGACUGCUGAUUUUUGCUAAUAAACAAGAUGUUAAAGAGUGCAUGACUGUAGCAGAAAUCUCCCAGUUCUUGAAGCUCACUUCUAUUAAAGAUCACCAGUGGCAUAUCCAGGCAUGCUGUGCUCUUACUGGCGAGGGAUUAUGCCAAGGGCUUGAAUGGAUGAUGUCACGACUUAAGAUUAGAUGAUCUCUACUGACCUCUUGUCAUAGACUCUGUAAAGACAAAGUGCUGGACUUUACCUGAAAGCUGCAAAAAUUAAUGGUUUAGAUAUAUUUAUAAUAAACUGAUUUAAACUUUUUCUAAAGAAGAAAAAUUAAGACCACUUAUUUGAAAACAAGGAUGAAGUUUCACCUUCCAGUUUGCUUUCUCAUUAGUUCCUUCCAAAGUAUGUUAUUAAAGCUGUGAUUGCUAUUUUUCUCUUAAUAAAUCCUCUCAGGACAUUGUAGAGCCUGUGGUAAGUACAAAGGGAGAGGAAGACAUUUUGAACUUUAAAGAGCUUUAUUGUCAGUUUAACUAACCCUCCCUAGUUGAAUGUUGUUUUCUUCCUGUUCCAUUAAGUCAAAAUACAAAUCAGCACAUACUCUUUCCAAUAUUUUGAAAUGUAAUGUCACUUACAAAAAGUAUUUUGCUUAAGGCUGUGUAUGUAUCGUGUAUAUACCUCAAGUUCAAGUUAAUGGCUUUGAUUUAUGUCCUAAGAAAAGCAAAUAAGAAAAAUUAAUAUCCUUAGUUGUUACCAUAAUGAGAUAAGUACUGGCACUGGUAUUAAAGUGCUGUUUUGUACUUUUCUUCUGUGUUAUCUGUAUUGUACUAACCAACCCCUAAUCAUUGAGCUGCUCUUCAAAAAAAAGGAAAGAAAGAGAUGAAAAAGCUUGACAUAGUAUACCUAUUUUUUGUUGCUUAAUAGCACACAUGGAAGCAUAACCCAGUUGAGUAGACUGUCAGAUUCUUGGUUUAGUAUUACUAAUGAACCAAGUUGCACCAUGAAGAAUUGUUACAUUUAUUCCUUUUCUUGGUUUUCUCAAUUGCUGAAUAAAUUGUUAAUCUGUUAAUCAGUUGGUCAGAAAUUGCAGUUAAAACUAUCCAGUGAUUUCUUCUUGAUUAAAAACUAUUCUGUGAAACAGAGAGGUACUAUUCUAAAAAUAUUGAACAAUUUAGCUAAAAUAUUUUAAAGUACUAAAUUAUAUGCCAAGCAAUUAAAGCAGUUAAAGUGAAUUUGAAAGUGUAACACAUACUUUCCAAGAAAUAUUGGUAAUUUCUUAAUUUGGGAAUCUCUUAUUUUAGGAGUAGGAAUAGUUUGAGAUUUUGUUUCCACAAGUUUUCUUUUGCUUAACAGUUAUAAAGUACAAUUUUUUAAUGCUUUUGUGAAUUUGAUUAAGAAAUUGAUUGACAUGGUAUAUUAUUUGUACUAAGAAAUAAUUUGACCCAAAACACUUUUUAUAUUUGCAUAGGGUUUUUGGUUUGUCUUUUGCUAUCUUCAGAGGUGUUUCUGUCAUAACUAAAAAAAAUUAACCUGUGUUAAAAACAUAUUUUUGGGUAAUCUGUUCAUGUAUCUUUCAUGCUCUGAAAUUUUGAAGGUUAAUUCAAAAUGGCAUGUUACAGAAUAUGCAAGAAAAAUAACUACUCUUAAUACCAGCUUUUUAAAUUUCAGUAAAGGUUUUGGUAAAGAAUAAUAGUACAUAUAAUAAAAGCAUUGAUGAAACUUUUAAAGUUUCUUUCUAUAAAAUAUAAAUUACUCAAUAUCUUAAAUCCAAAUUAGGCGUGAAAGAUCAGUAUUAAUGUUGGAUUUUUGUGUUUUAAUUGCUUUAAUGUUCAAAUGAAGAUAAAACAUUUAAUAUUUGUCAACAUGCUUUUACAAAAGUAAAUCUUAAAGUACUAAGCUUUGUUCAUAUGUUCUCAUACUUUUUCAAAUCACUACAAGAAUUGACUUCUUGUUAUUAAAAAUUCCCUUAAAAUCCAAAUCUAUUUUGUAAUUUCCUCAGAGACAAAUAUUCUGCAAAGUAGAUCUGAAAAUCUACACCUUUUUUUCUUUUUAUGUUUUAAUUUGAAUAAUAAUGUGUUCAGUCUCCUGAAUUACUACCACAUCAGUCCAGUGUGAUACCAGCACAUUCCUUUGUCACUGAGAUGUUGUCUGUGGUGUAUUCUUUAUUAGAUAUGUAAAGCAUGUACUGCAUUGUUACAGUUGGUUUAGUAUAGUUGAUUAUUGACAUCCUAUCAUGAGAAUAUAUGAAAUCUUACACCACAUUUACAAAACAUGACUUUUGGUUGGUUUCCUACCCUUCUAGGUUAUACAUCAAAAAUAAGAUCGUAGCUAUGUACUUGUACAUAAAACCAAGAUUACAGCUGGGAAAAAACAAUGUAAGUUAAUGUAGGAAAAUACAAAAUAAUUUUAACAGUAUUAUUUCCAAAUAAAAUAUAAAGCCUCAUGAAUAGUCAUAUUGGUAAUUUAUAAUAUAACUUAAGUGGAAUUAAGCAAAGGAGAAUUCUUGUGAGUUUCUACUAUGCUACUUAUCUCAUUUAACGUCAUUGUGUUCAACUUUGAAAAGAACAAUUUAUACCUCUGUACAUGUGGCUGGAUUUAAAUAUCCUGUUUUGAUACUAAUUUUGAAAGUCAUAUAACUUAAUAAUUUGGUAAAAAUGAUCAUAUGCUAAAACAUUGAAUAUUUACUUUUGUUGUAAUAGCAUUUAUAAAGUAGAUCUUUUACAUUAUAUUGAGGAUUCUGUUUGAAAUUUUUAGUUUUCCUUAGCAGCACAUCUUGGCCUUCAUGAUGGGCAAAAAAUGCAGUGAAGACAAGUGUGUUGGGGCAGUGGGGCUUGGUUAUUCAUUUUCUUAUAUGACAUUUUGCCUUAAGUAUAAAAACAUGCUUUAGCACCACUGGUUGGCAUUUUUAAUGCAGGUGGUGAAUGUGUUUUUUAGAGGUAUGGCAUAAAGUAAAGGGAAAAAGAGCUUGUUUUCUGGCCUGUUAAAUGUGUAGGGCUGGGGAUUUAGCUCAGUGGUUCGGUGGCCUGCCUUGCAAGCACAAGGACCCGAGUUCAAUCCCCGGUACCAAAAACUAAAUAAAAACAUAAAUAAAUGUGUGGUGGUAACAGUAGUCACAGCAGGGAGCUUAAAGAAAGAAAAGUGUGAGGCCCCUGAGAUCUUUUCAUUUUAUCUGAGU